GACCAUCCCAUUCCAUCGCAAUAAAGCCUACCUACUCUUCCAUUCAUUUCACCUUCUCUCCUGUUCGCAAUACUCCCAGCUCGACUUUCUCCCGUCAUCUCCCGCCUAGCGUCAAGAAACUAAUUAUUGAGCGUCUCAAUGGCAGGAGAUGUCACCCCCGGGGGUGCCCAAAAGAAGCCUCCACGAAAUAAAAAAUCAGCUGCGUCGCCACCGACUCCCCGCUGUGAUCAUGUGUUACAAUUCUACGAGGCGGACAGUUACCUAUACAGUGCCAUCUCAAGUUUCAUUCUUCCCACAUUUUUCAGUACAGAGAGUGCGUCGGUAAUUAUUGCCACAAGGACCCAUUUAGACGCUCUAGAGGUGAAUUUGAGAGAACAGAAUCUGGUUCCGGGACAACUAAAGGACCGCGGUCAACUGAUACUUCUUGAUGCCGACGACAUUUUGUCGGUUAUUAUGCCCGGUGGAUCGCUUGACAUAGAUUUAUUCGACCAAUAUCUUAGGAAAAUAUUUCCCGAUGUUCAGUCCAAAUUUCCCAAAGUCCGGGUCUAUGGCGAGCUUGUUAACAUUCUUUGCGAGCAAGGGAACUACGAGCUCGCUAGGCAAUUAGAAGUUUCUUGGGAGCUCUUCCUGUCCGAGCCGGAUCAGAACGUUGCUCUGCUUUGCGGCUACAACAUGGGCGUAUUCGAGGCGGAGGGGCUCAGCGAGGUUUUUCAGCAAAUAUGCUUGAACCAUUCCAAGGUCGAGCCAACCGAGAAGGAGUAUCCGACUUUAGGACAUUCUAACAACCAAAAGACCGCGGUGGCAAUGCUACAGCAAAAAACCAGGUGUUUAGAGGCAGAGAUAAAUCGGCGGAAAAUGUCAGAAGCCGCAUUUCAAAUGAUAUUCGACCAUUUCUCUUCCGGUUCCCGAGCGUCGGACAAAUCUUAUGAAGUAGACGGAGGUUAUGUAGCGCAUCCGAUAGGGAUAUGCGGUCGAAUACUGCACGAAGGACGGAUCCGGUACUUUGCGAAUGACCGCUUCUGUCAGAUUUCCGGAUUGGCUGAAGCCACAAUACAUCGGGACGGAAACUGGCUAAACGCUGUCCAUCAUUUUGACCGCGAAAAAGUAUCUAGGUGUUUCUCUCUUGAGGAUGGCAGGAUGAGGAAGGUGGAGUACCGCUUCGUUCAUCCUAGUGGCGAUGUCCGCUGGGUUUCGGCCGAGUUCACCGUGACCUUGUCCGGAUACACCCAUUCGGUGGUGGACAUCACCGGAAUCAAGGAAGCUGUAGCCCAACGGCGGAAAAGAUCUGACAACAUUGGUGAGAUGUGUAGCUCUCAUCACGGCGAGCGGAGGAUCAUGCAAAAUCUUGUGGGGGAAGGGCAGCAACGACCAAUUCCUGAUUCAGUACUUCGAUGGGACAGAGGGCACUCGAGCAAUCACUCCCCUAAUAGGAAUGUGAGUUCUUCCGCUCAAAGCCGCAUUUUUCGUCUGUGCUAAAUCCCCAUACAGUCAUCAUUUCUUGAUACGAACCAGAAAGCUUUGGCAGAACGUACACAAGCAGAGGUAGAAAAGAUAUCGAAAAUAUUCUCUCAAAUAACGAAGGAAGAAGCCACACUACAAAACUCAAUCGGUUCCGCCGCUAUAUCCAAAACGGUGGACGAACUCCGGGUCUGGCAGGAUAAUUUACCGGGCGGUUUCACCAUCCCAGCAGUCAUCAAUGAUCACUCGUUACACCCAGUACUCCGAUCUGGGCUUCUACUGGGCCAUUGCACGUAUUUCAGAUCGAUUCUGGCUGUUACCCGAAGAACCUUGGUUAGAGCAGCCACGCAGGCAGCGAAGUCAACGUACCCUAUUGAUCCGUCAUCGUUUGAGGUGCGCUAUGGCAAUAAGUGCAUUGGCGCAGCUCGAGCCAUAUGUCGAGUUCACGAUUUACUGGCGUCUGAAGAUACGGCACAUGCUCAGAAGUCUUGGUUAACAGUGUUUGUUCCCCGGACCCUUUUGCGGAUCGCGAACUAACGGGAUCAACAGCAGCUCGUAUUUCAUUGCUUGCCUAAUCGUCUUUCUCGACACCUCCCUUAAUCCGCCAGAAGCCCCAGCCGACGACAUUAAACUCAUAAUCCCUCGUUGUAUGGAUACAAUACGUAAUUCCGCAAACACAAGCUCAUGCUCGAAGCGGUACAUAGAGACUCUGGAUCCUCUCUGGAUCGCGCUCAAGCCGCCAAUACCACAUGGGGGGUCCUCCCCAAGGAAGCCUAGUAUCACGCCACCUGAAGACUGGGCAAACCUAGAAGUGACGACAAAGUGGACCCAAGGGCGAGGCACGGCUAUUACUAACGACAUCUUGGACAUCUUGAUGUCGCCGUGGGUGUCGGAGGAUGCAGAGUGGGCAGCUACAGGUCACGAUUGGAGAUUUUUAGUUCAGCAGCUGAACCAGCCACACAUUUCCCCUCGUUCAAGUACGCACAUGAGCAGCCCAAACCCAAGCACUCCCCCCGAAUACACACCAUGGAGCGACCGCUCUUCAAAUACGAGGAGGGCGAAAAGGAGCAAAGCUGAUGACGAAGGUGUUAAUGAACGGUCUUCUACACCUUUGUCUGGUCGCUCAAGACAUUCUACUGAGCAUGGGGGGGAAGUGUAUCGGCGUCGAUAGCGGCGCAUUUCUCUUUAUGUGAAAGGAUGGACAGUGUGUAUAGUUUUUUAUUCCCCACGGUUUCCCGGUCUUCAAACAAUUCCUCACUUUUCUUUUUCUUCCUUUUGAAGUCAGCUUGCUUAUAUAUUGCUUUGGGCGUUUGUCUUUUUCGUUUGUAUUUCCCCUGGUUAAACUUUUCUCAUUCGAAACGCGGGGUUCGGCGCAGGUAGAUGGCGAGCAUAUUUUGCAAUAUAAAAAAGCUAACAUGAGAUGGGGGGUUGGGUCUCAUUUUUUUAUUUUUUAUUUUAUUUUAUUUAUUUAUUUAUUUAUGAGUCGUUUUGGCUUGGAAUUGAAUUAUCCUAGCUGCCGCUCGAUUUGAGAUAUGCACGGAAUGUGGGCGUGGGUGUGAGCUACCUACAGGCGCACUGCAGUGUACCCUACACCGAGCACAUGCUUGCCAUCUUGUGAUAAGUCGGGCUUUAGAGAUAAGAUUGAGCGAACGAAUGGAUCGCAGAAUGUCCGGCGUACGGACGUUAACCCACUGAACUAUACCCGAAUCUCGUA